ACCACAUUCCCAUCUCCUUUCUCCAAUCCAUACAAAAUGAAAAUGGAAGCCGAAACAAUCUCGAAAGAAUUCAUCAAACCUUCUUCACCAACACCCCUAGACAAAAAAACAUACACCCUUUCCUUACUCGACCAAAUCGUUCCUCCCAUCUACGUUCCUCUCGUUUUAUACUUUCCCAACCCUCAAAAUCUCUCUCAAAUCACACCCCAACUGCAGCAAUCUCUCUCCACAACUCUCUCUCUCUUCUAUCCCUUAGCAGGGAGACUCAAAGACUCCCUCUCCGUCGACUGCAAUGACGAGGGCAUCGCCUUCGUUGUUGCGAAAUUCGCCUACAGCCUCUCCGAUUUCCUGCGAAACCCCGACGCCACCGCCUCCCGCUGCCACAUCCCCACCCCGCUCACCUGGGCCGAACCUGGCCCUGGCUCGCCUGUUGCCAUGGCCCAGCUCAGCCACUUUGCCUGUGGCGGCGUCGCCGUCGGUGUACUCAUCCUUCACAAGGUCGCCGACGGCGUCGCUAUCGGCUCGUUUGUAAAAUACUGGGCCAGGGCAGCAGUCGCAAUUGCUGCCCUAGACCCUGUGCCGCCCAACUGGGCAGCACAGUUGCUCUUCCCGCCUACCGAGAGCUUGAGCCGGGAAGAGCAGUCUGCUGCCUUGGCUCCUGCGCCGCCUGACUAUGCGGCGCAAUUGCUCUUCCCGCACAACGAGAGCAUGAGGCGGGAACAGCAUCUCUUCUCCGCCAUGAAGCGGUACUUCGGCUUCGGGAAGACCACGAUGCGCCGCUACGUGUUCGGCGCGGAGUCGAUAUCCCGGCUCCGCGCGCGUCUUUCCAAGCCCGGGACGUCGCGGCCGACGCGCGUCGAGACGGUCUCGGCGUUCCUGUGGAAAUGCUUCAUGACAGCCUCCGCAACCUGUGCAGGCGGCGGGGGCGUGUCGCUGGUGACGCACGGCGUCAACAUGCGGCGGAAGUCGGAGCUGCCGCUCUCUGAGAACAGCUUCGGCAACCAUGUGUGGCUCGUGCCGGCGUCUAGCGAGAACGGAGAAGCCGAUAGGGAUUUGAAAACACUUUUUUCCAAAGUGAGAGAAGCCAUAGUUAAAGUGGAUGUUGAGUUUGUGGAAAGAAUGAAGGGCGAUGUGGGGUUUGCAGGCUAUUGCACGAAUCUCGAGGAUUCCUUGAGCGCCUUUCCCGAGAAGGCCGAUUAUCUGGCUAUCUCGAGUUGGUGCAAUUUUGGGAUUUACGACGUGGAUUUUGGGUGGGGUCGGCCGGUUUGGGUUACCAAGUGCGAUGGCGGGAGUGAUGUGGAGUGGCCUUUUAUCAAUGUGCUUUGGUUGAUCGAUACAAGGGAAGGGGAUGGAGUAGAAGCGUGGUUGACUCUUGAACAACGUUGUUUUGAGGAGUUUGAUAAAAUUAAGGAGGUUGGAGAUUAUGCUUUGAUUGAUCCUAGUCCAUUGGAGAAGCUUGAUAAAAUUAAGGAGGUUGGUGAUCAUGCUUUGAUUGAUCCUAGUCCGUUGGAGAUCAUCCAAACAUAGGUUCUAAGUAAUGGGAUGGUGAAAUCUUGAUACAUUUCAAUCAUGUUGUGUUGGAUGCAUCUAUUAAGUAUGUUGGCUACUUUGUGAGAAUGUUUUGGUUAAUUUUAAUUUUGGGAAUGCUCCAUAGGGUUUCAACUUCCAACACCUCUACUCUAAUGGUGUGGCCAACUUCUCUCUUUUGUGGGAAUGAAGCUUCUUAAAUAAAAAUGUAGUAUUAGAGAAAAUAUGCAAUGUUAUACCCCAAUGUAUAAACUGUGUAGAUUAAUGUUUUAUGUACAUUUGAUAAUAUUAAUCUGAUUUGUUUA